AUGGAGCGCAGCAGCCGCAAGCAGAAGACGCUGCGCAGCCUGCCAGUGCACUGUUUGACGGGCGAUGACCUUGCUGCGGAAGGGGCGCGCGGAGUGCGGUCGGGGUUUAAUUCGCCGUCCAACGACCACAACCGCUUCCUUAGCUCUGCUG